AGGCGCUGAUUUCAUAAAUCUAUAGUACUUGAAGAAAGUCUCAUAUGUGUUUAAUGUAUUUGUAUUAAAUUGAAAGAGAAAAUAAUCUCAUUGAGUUUAUUAUUAUUUUUAUGUACAUAUACAACACAUUAUUCCCUAUGAAUUUACUUACUGUACAUUUUCGCAAGCAAUUCAGAUAUUGUUUUUAUAACAGUAUUAAUAAUACAAUCAGACGAUAUAAUCAUGCAUCAAACAAGGAAUAUAAUAAUGUAUCAUCAUUGCCUCAAUCAAGACAAUUUCCAGAUUACACAGUAUUAUAUUUACUUCCUAUGGCCACAGUUCCUUAUAUUUUUAAUAAAAUGAAACGUAAUUACACAUUUCUUGUGGGAGCAACUAUACCAAUAUGUGUAUCUUUACAAAUAUUAGGUUUCAUACCAGCCAUGGAGAAUUUAGCUUUCAUGAGUUGCAAUUGUAUAUUAGCUGCUACAUUACACACUAUUGGUUUUCUGUGCAAUAAUAUAGUCGGAGCAAUAUAUAUUAAAGAAGAUGAAAAAGAUAAAGAAAAUUUAGAAAAUCAAAAAAUUAUAAUCUCAUAUAUAAGUUAUUGGGGUCAAAGGAUAGAUUUAAAGACAACUGCUGAUAAUAUUAUUCCUUUUGCGGAAGAUUAUACCAAUGCCUCAAAUGAUUUCUUUAAAACUCUACAUGUUAAAUCAACCAGUCAAAAAUUCAAGGUGUACUUAAAAUAUGGAAAAGCAGGACCAAAUUUUUACAAUAUUUUUGGAUAACUUUCCGUAAUUUAUUUAGUUUAAAUAAAUAACAUUUUAAAUAAAUGUGUUAUUGCUGCAAAUAAUGCAUAUUUUUACCCAUAUCAAUCUACAGCCACCUAUAAUGUGCAUAAGCUCGAUUUGCCUCGCAUUGUUUGUGCAUAUCAUAUUUCUUUUUAAUAACUCGUCCCUAAAAUAUAUAAUUUUACAGUUAAUCAAAUACAAUUUUAC